AUGAACAAAUUAAAUUUUGAAAAAAAAAAAAAAAAUGGGAAUACAAGUGAAUGCGAAAAAAGUCAAGAUUCUGACGAUGAAAUAAUGGUAGUUAAUAGAAAAAUAAAAUCUAAGAUUUACCUAACACCAGAUAAAAAAAAAAAAAAUGAGGUUAAAAAUAAUCAUCAAGUAAAGAAAAUGUAUACUAAUAUAUUUCAAUCAAAUGAUAAUAUCAAUAAUAAAGGUACAAACCUUCGUUCCAUAAAAAAUAUGUCUUCUUUUCAUGCUCAUAAUAAAGAUAAUAAAUUAAAUAAAAAUGUAACUUCAAUUAUUAUGGACCAAAAAGAUAAAAACGACAUGAACAAGUCAAGUAAAAAAAAACAUUCUAAUAAAACAACUUUUGAAAAUAUCAUGAAAAAAGAAAUAAAUAAAUUAGAGUAUGAUAAUAAAAAAGUAGAUAUAUGUGAACAAAAUGUAGAAAAAAAAGAAAAUGAAUUAAAUAAUAAUAAAAUAUAUAUUUCUGAUGAUAUAAAAAAGGAAGUGGUCAAAAAUAAUCAUAAUAAUAAUUAUUCAGGGGAUCAUAAUAUUAUUAACGAAAUUAAAAAUAAAAAUAUAAAAAAUAAUAUUAAUGAUUAUAAUACCUCAUAUGGUGAAAUAAUAAAUGAGGAAAAUGUUAAGUGUGGACAAAACAAUUCUACCAAAUAUGUAAACGAACAAAAUCAUAAUAAUUUUUAUUAUAAUUCUGAAAAAAAUAAAGAUGAUUCUUAUACAUUAAAUGAUAAUAUAUCAACAAAUGAAGACAACAGCUAUAUAAAUAUACAAAGCUCUUCUCUUAUAAAAUUUGAUGAUUUUGCCCUUGAAGAAAUAAAUAAAGAAUUAGAAAAGAUUAUUGAAGAGGAAAAUGACAUACAAGAAAAAUUAAUUUAUUUGACAGAUAAAGAAUUAGAUAUAACGAUAAAAUUAAAAAAUAUAAAGCACAAGAAAAAUAUACAAGAAAUAGAAAAUAAAAAAAAAGAAUAUCAAGAUGAAUAUCCAACAUAA